AUGCCAGACACCCCCGUCGCGCCGCCAGCUGCUGCUGUGCCGCCUCGGCCAGCGACAGCCCGCACCGUUCAGAAUGCGCCCGUGCGCGCGUCCCAGUCCGCGUCCGUUCGCCAGCCUGCGGAGCACCGAUCCGUUGAACGCAGGUCGUCCGCGCAGCCCGUAUCCCACAAUAGAAGCGAUAGAAGGCACAGACAUCGUCCAGCCACCGCAGAGCAGCAGAGGGCGACAAACCGGCUCUCUGGUUUCUUCACCAACCUGAUACACCGUCGCGAUCCGCAGCCUUCGACCUCUCGAAGUACCAUUCGCGAGGAAGCGGCCAAGGACGAUCCCUCCCGCUCCUCAUCUCCGCAUUCCGGUCGGCCUGUCACACCACCACCACAGCUCCCGGCUCCUACAUUACAAGAACUCGGUCUUUCACUGUCUGUCCUUACGCAAGAUCUCUCCCCCUCUCACUUCAGCACCCCUCCUACCAGCGGCGCCUUCCUUGCCCCACAUUAUCUGCUCCUAUGUCACGCCCAAGGCCUCGACGUUCUGCCCCUCGUAUCUCCCCCGACACCGCAGCCGUACGCGCUGGUACGUCGGGUCCCGUUCAAGAGCGUCGUGGUCAUGGAGCAGCGCGGUGUGCUGGUCGCGAUCGCGGGUAGGAGGGAUGGGGUGCGGGUCUAUGCGUUAGAGGAAAUCCGCAAGGCCGUCGAAUGGCGAAUUGAAGUCGAAGUUCGGCGGGAGCGCGACAGGUCAAAAAGGGACGCGUUCAAGAAGACGCUCAUGUCUCCGCUCGAUACUGGCAGCCCCCGAGACUCGACCGAAAAGGCCCGGAAGGGUAGCCUGUCUUCUCCGCUUCAGGCUGAGGAGGCAAACAAACACGAAAUACCACGAAAACCGUCUCACCAAUCCUUACGACAGUCGCGCCCGAACACACCUACGCCCUCGAAUACUCCCACCCACGCCACCACGAACCCUCCCCAGCAGCUCAUCCCUCGCAAACCGACUAUCACUCGACGGACACGGAACAACCGGAAUACCAUCAUGCCCGUCUCAAUACCCGAGCCUUCAGAACAGCCACCGCCGUACAGCCGGCAAUUUGACGCGGAGGACCGCCCACCAAUACCUCCUAGCGACAGUGAACCAGCACUUGUGCACACUCACUCGCGCUCUCGCGGCAAUUCUGUCAGCAAUGUCCUUGCCGCCGUGCCAAGCACUUCUCGUCGACCAUCCAUACAUGAACGUGAUUCAAAGGCGGACUGGGCGGAAGACUCUAGCGACGACGAGGCGAUCAACAUCGUCGCCGCCGCUGGCGGCAGUCAGGCUUUGGACGAGCGCACCAGCGCAGUGGCGGCUUCCACGUCCCACGCGGCGCAUUUAUCCAACGCUUCGUCAACAGCGAGCCGCCCGUCAACGGGCUCCGCACCUCGGCGUAAUCGCCCCGCCAACCUUGAUCUCAGCAUGUCACGGGCAAACGGGGCCAUUCCAGACCCGGAGCCGUCACCGGCGCCUACACUCAUCACCUUGCGGCAGACGCUGUCGCACAUGUCGUCGACGGAGCGUAAUGUCCACUCGCCUAACGGGCCGGACACGCCAAAUGACCCUGACGCCGACGACGACGAUGAUGAUAAUGGGUUGAGCCUCGCUGAGAUGCUCAUGGAAAGUCGGUUGCCUGAACUACCUCCUGCUGGCACCCGACGAGCGCAAGAGCCUAUACUCCUGUCGAAUCAGCCUGGGGAGUCCGAGACGGAACCAUCGAGCCCACGAACUACGGAUGGCUUCAAUACGACUACGAGGAACAGCCAAGAGAGUGGUGGUCAGCAGUCGCAGACUUCAUCGAAUCGCCGUCGCCGCUGGUCGGUCAUGCUCAGCCCUCCCACUCAGCCACUCUCGACGUCCGCUAGUACGCCGACUUCGCCCGCUUCGUCUCGUAGGGGCAGAGGGCCUUCGCCCACUCGCCCAGGCUCCCGGGCAUUGUCGCAGACACGUUCUCAUCGGUCAGCCCGCUCCCCGCUGCCUCCGGCCAAUCGUCCACCCACAGCUCCCUCUCCAUCGAAUGCGCUGUCGGGGCUCGUGCCGUCAGCAUCCAUGCCGCCACCAAGUUCGCCGGUACCUCCUCUUCCGGACAGUGCAUCGUCGAUGAUGUCCAGUCGAUCGUCGCGCUUCAUACCACGUUUGAUCAGCAAUGCGUUUGGCGGGAGACGAAGUGACGAGCGUACACCCUUGCCGUCCUCACAGCGGGCGACAGAAACGGAUAUCAAGCGAACGCUGGGAAAUAAUCAAGUCACGCCCCAUGCUCCGCCGCCGAAGCUAGAGUAUGUGAAGUUGCCGGGUACGAAGGGGGCGUUGAUGGUGAAGGCGGUCGAGACAGCGAAGAAGAGCUUCCUGGCCAUUCUUUGCGGUGACAACGGCGAGAAGGUUGAGCUCUUUGCUGGGACAUACCGCACCGCACUGGGUCUGUCGCGCACCUUCAUCUUGCCGGAUUCACCAAGGAUGUUGGAGUUGCAACUGCAGGGCGACGAUCUCGUCGAGGUCUUCCUAGUCUUCUCGCAGAACGUCUUUGGCCUCGAGCCCGCCACCGUCAGGGUGCGCGAGGUUCGCAUCGGCCGGGCAGAACGACGUGCGGCACGGCGUCGUGCGCGCGAGAUCCGCACUGGCGAGACGCAGACUGAUGAUAAUGCGGCGGAUGAAGAGACGAAUGUCAAUGUCAGCGUCUCUGUCGCGGUUACCAAUGCAACGCCCGCGGAUGUCAACGGGCCCGGCACGCCUCCUCUCAUCGCCGACCAGCACCCCGACGAUCAGCCAGUCACGCCUGCCGCAGAGCCGACGGGCGCGCAGCCCUCAGCGGCGUCGCAUGCUGACGAGCUGCUUGCGCUGGCCUCUGCCCAGAUGGGUCCGUACACGACGUUCCAGCAACUGUCCUUCGCGCCAAGGUUUCCGUUGGCUGCGAUCGCGGACGACUACAUCAUUCCGCCGACGUACCCCGACUUCAUUGACUACCGGAACCACCAUGAGUCGGAUAGCAAUGGGGCGGACUUGACGCGCAUACAGUUUUCGCCGCCUGGACUGCCAGUACCGACGCCGAGCGCGCCGUGCAAGUGGUUCUAUAGGGAUCCGAAGGGUGUGGUGCAUGGUCCGUGGAAAGCGUCGUUGAUGCAGGCGUGGUUCAAGGAUGGGCUACUGCCGCUCGACCUUCCUGUUCGUCGGGAGGAAGACACCGAAUACAUCCUACUGAAGGAUCUGCGUCUGCAGUGUGUUGAUCCCACUCGUCCAUUCCGCUCAGCGGUGCAGACCGCGACACCGCCACCGCCCUUCGUUCCGGACGCUGGCAAGCCUCUUCUCCCGCCUAUCUCACUUCUGGCGCAGCCGAAGCACUUCGGUCCUCCGGCUCUGUUCUUCUCUUCGCGAGGUGGGCACAGCACGGCCAUCGUCGAUGCCCGUGGUCGUUCGGUAUUGAAGGGUCGCUUCCUGUGGAGCUCGUCCGACCCGGACGAGGACAAGCAUGGGCUGAACCGCCUGGGCGAUGUUAAGCGGCUGGAGGCGUUCGAUGUUGAGGACGGUGCUGUGCUCGUCGCGAUGCGCCAGGGAGGCCUGGAAGCGGUCGACUUCUCGGAUGCGCUGCUCAAGCCCGCAGACGCGUCGCGCACGGUGCUGCCGCAGUUCGAGCCGCCGCCAUCGAAUAUCAACCGUCGGUCGCCCUUCGUGUGGCGGAUCGGUACGCCCGUGGAUAUGGGCAGCUCGGACGUGCCUCCGCCGCUCACUCCCAAGGCUGGCAAGGGGAGCUCCUACCUGACUGGGCGGAAGCCUGGCUCUGCGUCUGCCAGGAACCUGGUCAGGACGGAGCUUAACGGCGAGCAGGCAACCGACACGGACCCUACGGAGGAGGUUCUCUUCCUCGGCCGGCGCGGCGACAACAUGUACAUGUGCGAGCGCAGCGCAGGCUCGUUCCGUAUCCUGCACCUCCGCCCCAGCCAGCCCUCUACCUCCGCAUGA